AUGAUGAACAACGUAAUUUAUUUGGGAAUUUUGAUCUUGUGGACAUUGGUAUCAGUAACUAUGUCAAAUCCUACAGAGUCGAAACUAAUCUGUCGUGAUCGACCAAUCUGUGCAAUUUAUUGUAAAUAUGGAAACCGUGUUAAUAAACAAGGAUGUCCUAUAUGUCAAUGUAAGAAAAGUCCAUGUGAAAACGAAGCACCAAUAUUGGAUGGAUAUUCUUGUGGACGUGCAGUGAAUCGUAGUGACUGUCCAGAAACACACUAUUGUAAAAUAGCACCAACUGAUGCUUAUGCUGUGUGUUGUCCUCGAAUUGAUUUAGAAACUUCAACUAGAAUCAAUAAACCGGGUGAAUGUCCAGAACAAACUCAGCCUGGUAUUUGCAUUGCUUCUUGUACGAAUGAUUCUGAUUGUGGUGAGAAUGAAAAAUGCUGUGGCAAUUGUCCUCGUGCGUGUACAAAAGUUUANGAUGCUUAUGCUGUGUGUUGUCCUCGAACUGAUUUAGAAACUUCAACUAGAAUCAAUAAACCGGGUGAAUGUCCAGAACAAACUCAGCCUGGUAUUUGCAUUGCUUCUUGUACGAAUGAUUCUGAUUGUGGUGAGAAUGAAAAAUGCUGUGGCAAUUGUCCUCGUGCGUGUACAAAAGUUUAA